AUGUCCUACAACUCACGGCGACAACAGUCGAAACACGGCUACGACAGCCAGUCGCGCGAUUAUCGCCACGGCAAUGAUCGCAACAACCGUGACCGCUCCUCGCGUGCCCGCGUUUCGUCCCCCCCGCCCCGCCGAGACUACAGGGACAAUGGCGACUCUUAUCGCCCUCCCAGUCCCUCAUCGAACAGUUAUGGCCAUUCAAAGCACAACGGAUACGACUCCCGCUCGUCCUACGGAGCCCCCGCACCCGCGCCGCCAGCACACAAUCCUCCUCCUCAGCCCUCGUAUCCGCCCCCGCCGGGUGUCGACAACUACCGUAUGCCGCAAAGCGACUUCACCUUUCGGGUAGAGAAACCUGUCGGACUGCAGCAGGAGCCGGACUCUUACCGGCCCCAGAACAACCGCAGACCUCGCAAUGAUCGGGGGCCUCAAGGUGGCCGUGGAGGGCGUGAUUUCCGCAGCGGCCCAGGUGCCCGAGGUCGUCUAGGCCGAGGUGGGAAGUUUCGCCAACCAUGGCGACCAUUUGUGGCUGCCGAGCGAGAUCUUCUUCACACCGACCACAAUGUUGGUGACGAGCAAGCAUUCUUUGACGAGCAAGGCGGCGUAACAUACAGAAAUCUGGACGAGCUCUCAGAUAGCGAAGAGGCCGAGAUGGAUAUCUCUGGUGACGAAGAGAACAGCGACGCUGAACCGUCCAGCAAACGAGCCCGGGUUUCGAUCGAUCAGUCGGCUGCCGAUGAUGUGCCAAAGUGGUCCAACCCCGACCCUUACACAGCUUUACCGCCGGAGACUUCUGGCCAAAAGAAGAAAGACGUUGUGCAACUGAUCCGCAAGGCCCGUGUUCAGGCCAAGGAGACCAGGACAUCACUCCCUAGUGAGGCUGCUGACUUCAUCUCCCUUGACUUUGAUGACAGUGACGAUGGCCAUGACAGCGAGGACAGCGAGCAUAUCAAGGAAUCCGAUCUGGUAUCUACAAGCAAACCAGGGCUGGAGAGUGCCCCUGCAGCCAAGGACACAACUCUCCCCCACAAGGAUACUGGUUCUGGUAGGCCAUCUAGAGUUCCGGUUCUGAUGCCCGAUCCCACCCCUGCUGCGUUGGGUAGCCGAAAACGCACGCAUGACGAUCGGAUAAAAAUGCCCCAUACAAGGAUCAAGAGACCGGCCAAGGCGCCCUCGGGGGGGCACAUCAUCCCGGAAUGGCGAGCACUUCCUCAUACGUCAGUCACUCCUUGGUUACGAAUGGACAACUCAGAUUCGAAAGAUCCCAUAGUCUGGCUUCACAAGGAGAUCGUGGAUUUUUAUGACUAUAUCAAACCCCGAGAAUUUGAGCAGCACCUCCGUCAUGAUCUGGUGCAACGGAUGAGAUCAUUCUGUCGCCGAUACUGGCGUGACUCGGACAUGCAACCUUUUGGCUCGUUUCCAUCUGGCCUCUACCUCCCAACUGGUGACAUGGACAUGGUCAUGGUAUCCGACAGCUACCUGCACGGCGGGCCUGCGAAAUACAACUUGAAGAAGCAUCUCUGGCAAUUCAAGAACUUUCUUUUGAGAGAAGGAUUGGCUUGGGAAGAUGAUAUCGAAGUCAUUACGAGAGCUAAAGUCCCACUGACCAAGUUUGUUGACCAGAAAACAGGCCUCAAGGUUGACAUCUCGUUCGAGAACAGCACGGGAAUCACUGCUAUUGAAACGUUUUUGGCCUGGAAAGACAUGUAUCCGGGAAUGCCUGCGUUGGUGACUCUGAUCAAGCAUUUCCUGUUGAUGCGAGGUCUCAAUGAACCGGUGAAUGGCGGAAUCGGUGGCUUCUCGGUCAUUUGCCUCGUCGUGAGCAUGCUCCAGAUGAUGCCCGAAGUGCAGAGCGGGGCUAUGGACACGCGCCGUCACCUCGGUGACCUCCUGAUGCACUUUUUCGACUUGUACGGAAACAAGUUUGACUACCAGAACGUUGCCAUUCGCCUCGACCCGCCCGGCUAUAUCAGAAAGGUUAGUCUGUUCCUUUGCAUGAGGCCACUCCAUUCGCCAUGGCUAACUCUGAACAGACUCAAGUGGACUCGUUUGCAUAUAAGAAUUACGACCGGCUCUCCAUCAUUGACCCCAACAAUGAAGAGAAUGACAUCUCAGGCGGGUCCAGCAACACAGGCAGCAUUUUCGCCUUGUUCGCCCGGGCUCACGACGAUCUGCGACACAAGAUGCGGUCCCUGGCGGAGGAUCCUCGCAGAGGAAAGGGCAGCAUUCUCGGUGUCAUCAUGGGGGGCAACUACUCGAGCUUUGAAGAGCAGCGCAGUUUCCUGGAGAGUUUGGCUAACCAGCAGCCGGGAUCGCCGCUUCCAACAAGACCCCGAUCUCACCAGCAAACUCAUCAUCAGUCUCAUCAGUCGCACCCAACGCAUCAGUCUCAUCAUACUUCCGACCGUCGCCGCAAUACUCGAGGUAGCAGGAGGCGGCCCUGACUUUGGGCACCGCUUGACACCUUUGGCAAGAGUUACGAGAGAAGUGCGGGCAACAUCAUCAUGUCCAUUUUUGGGGCACGUAGUUACUCAGUUGGAGCAUGGACGUCAGGGUUUCCACCCAACAGGAUAG